AUGAAUAUCGAGCUGACUUCAUAUAUUGAUAAUAAGCAAAAUGUUUGGUUCCGAGGAAAAGAUGUUGCUGAGAUCCUUGGAUAUAGUGAUAAUCGCCAUGCAUUAAAAAGGCAUGUAUCAAAAGAAAACAAAAUGAUUCAUCUUAUACAACCCAAAAGCUGCCCCGGUGAAACGCCGGGUCAGGUUCAAAAAGCUGGCGUGGACGUUUCACCCCCUCCGGUCCAACAAGGUAGAUGGUACACUUUUAUCAAUGGGCCCGGCUUUUAUGAACUAGUAUUUAGCUCCAAAUUAGAACUUGCUAAAAGAUUCCGUCAAUGGGUUUUCACCACUGUCCUCCCAUCUAUCCGUAAAUAUAGCCAAUACAAACUAUUUCAUAGUCCCUGGAAUAAGAUGAUUAUGAUUGGUAAUGAGACUGACCUCCAUUAUAAAGUAGUGGACCUCAUAAGGAAUACUAUCCAGAUACUAUAUUAG